GUGAGGGUCUCGGAGCUCAAAUCCUGCUACAUCGCCGGAUGGGAUUUCCCCGCGGACACAGCUCUGGGACCAGAGGUGGUGCUGCAGGAGGCCAAGGUCCACCUCAUGGACCCACAGCUCUGCAACAGCAGCCGGUGGUACGGGGGGGCCGUGCACCCCGAAAACCUGUGUGCUGGGUACCCGCAGGGCGGCAUCGACACCUGCCAGGGGGACAGCGGGAGUCCCCUGGUCUGCAAGGACAACAGAGCUGACUACUUCUGGCUGGUGGGGCUGAGCAGCUGGGGGAAAGGCUGCUACAAAGCCAGGCACCCCGGGAUCUACACCUCCACUCAGCACUUCCACAACUGGAUCCUGGUCCAGACGGGCCUGACCCCAGUAGAAAUAGCCACUCCAACACCAGCCACUCCAGCACCAGAGCCAGGCUGCACCCCCACCCCCGAGGAGAUCCCAGUGCCAGAGGUCACCCCGACCCCCCAGGAAAUCCCGGUGCCAGAGCCAGAGGUCAUCUUGAUCCCCGAGGAAGAGGAAGAGGAGGAGGAGGAGGAGGAGGAGGAAGAGGAGCCGAUGCCAGAGCCAGAGCCAGAACCAACCAUCAUCUCGACCCCAGAAGAGGAGGAGGAGGAAGAGGAGGAGGACGAGGAGGAAGAGGAGGAGGAGGAGCCGAUGCCAGAGCCAGAACCAGAACCAACCAUCAUCUCGACCCCAGAGGAGGAGGAGGAGGAUGACGAAGAGGAGGAGGAAGAGGAGGAGCCGAUACCAGAGCCAGAACCAGAGCCAACCAUCAUCUCGACCCCAGAAGAAGAGGAGGAGGACGACGAAGAGGAGGAGGAAGAGGAGCUGAUGCCAGAGCCAGAACCAGAGCCUGAAAGGCCAGCCGUCGUGUUGAUCCCCGAGGAGGAGGAGGAGGAGGAGGAGGAGGAGGAGGAGGAGGAGGAGCCGGUGCCCACACCGCAGUCCGAGAGGCUGCUGGUCAUUUCAGUGCCGUACCAGAGCCUGGUGAAAUUCUGUAAACUGCUGACGGACUUCUUGCAGUUGCUGAGGGACAAAACUGGUUGACCAGAAGGAUGAGCAGGUCCAGUUCUGGCUGCCGUGGAUCGGGACCAUUCCCUGGUGGAAUCACGGCUGCGGGGCCGAAGGCAGCCCCAGUGCCCGGGGCUGCUCCGUCCCCUCCCGCUCCUCCCCUGCGCCCACCCCGAUGGCGAAGUUCAGUUUGUUAUCGAAAUAAAGUUGUUUGUGUUCCCC